CGGUCAUCUGUCAUAAUCAGUGCUGGCAACACGAAACCUUUUCGUGCUUCUCGGCAUAGAGUGUUCGACUCACAUCAUUUCCUUUUCAAUACAUCGUUUUGGAGAGGACGCAGCCAUGUCUGCUCACAAGACUUUCAUUAUCAAGCGUAAGCUUGCCAAGAAGCUAAAACAAAACAGACCGAUUCCACAAUGGGUCAGAAUGCGUACUGGAAACACAAUUAGGUACAACGCCAAGAGGCGUCACUGGAGACGUACCAAGUUGAAGUUGUAAGCUGAUCAACUUCCCAAAAUGUUAUUGUGUGAAUAUCUUGUGGUCCUAUUUAAGAAUAAAUUUCUUAUACAUUAA